AUGUUGUUCCUUGAGUCCGAGAACAAGAUUAUCAAGGGGGUGUUGGAGGGACGUAUAGGAGAGAAAGCUCCUCGUCCCGUCGCACCUUUGGAAAUCCGCUUAUGUGACUUUGACGAUGUGCAGGUGUGCAUAUCGAUUGUGGACACCCUCCUGACGGUCUCUAUGGCCUACCCUCCGUACAAGACUUUAGAAGGAUUGGGUGCCAAGCAGAUGUUUGCUGCGACAUACCCAGAGUUCCAGCUCGUCGCUCCCAAAGCAGGCUUUGAUUUAUCCCUGCAGGUUAAUGUGGACCUGAUUACUCCAUCCAAUGCGGCUUCCUUCAUUGGACGUAUUUCAGGACUAAAGCGCAACAUUCUUGGCGCACCAUUCGAGCAGUGCUUUGAGGCACUACAAAAUGGCAACGCGAAUACUCUCGGCCCAGUGCAGAUCCCGUACCGUCGUAACGAAACGAUCUACGUGCUUCCUCAGGAAGACCGUAUUGUCAUUGUAUACUCGGUCUGUUUCGAUGACAAGACCGAUCAAGCCAUCGCGCGUGUGUUUUUACAGGAAUUCGUGGACACCCGACGCACUGUGAACAAUGCACCACCCGUUGCAUUUGGUAAGGACCCGCCGCUUGAGCUUCGUGGCGCCCCCAACUUACGUAACUCGCCAGACCUGGUUGGUUACUUGAGCGUCGUAAUUUUCUUUACGCACGUGGAUACGACCGAGAAGCGUAUUAAGGCGGCAACGCUUGUGCAAAGUCUUCGUAACUACCUUCAUUAUCACAUCAAGGCUUCCAAGACGUACUUGCAUAUCCGCAUGCGGAAGCGUGUGGACCUGUUGCUGCAAGUACUGAACCGUGCUCGCCCUGAGAAAGAUCAAUCUAAGAUUCAAAAAAAAGACCAUCACGGGCCGAACAUUUGCUCGAGCUUAGAUUGCAAGGACGACCGACUAUUGUCACUUAGCCAGAUUUUAUCGGAAGCUAUGAUCAUAAAGAAGCAAAAAGACUUGCCGCAAUCAAUGACGGAAACAACGUGGAACACUCUAGUGAUUGGUGAAAUCGUAGACUACCAUCCGCAUCCGCAAGCGGACCCUCUGAACGUUUGCAUUGUGAACAUUGGAGACGAGGAAAAGCUGUUACAGAUUAUCUGCGGUGCCUCCAAUGUGCGUGUUGGUGCACGCAUACCAGUGGCCACAGUGGGCACUAGACUGGCUAUCAAGGAACAUGUGACUGGUGACCUAAAGAAACUGAAGAUUAAAAAGUCUAAGCUUCGUGGAGAAAUCUCACAAGGCAUGAUCUGCUCGGAGGCAGAGUUGGGACUGGCAGAUGAAAGUGACGGGAUCUUUAUCUUUGAAGCCGAUGCACGAGUGGGCAGUCUUGUGAUUGAGCAUCAUACAAUCGCCAGCCGUUUGAUAGCACGAGGUAUUUCAGUUCCUUCAUCGUACCCAACGGUCGCUGCUUCUCUUCUUCAAGCAAAGACAGAGCAAUAG